UUUUAACUCGUCGGCUGACUGAUGCCUUAGAAAAAAUCUAUCAAUCCUAGGGUGGAGUUUUUUUUUUCUUCCACAAAGCAACUAUUUGCCCGGGACACGUGCGUGAACCUCUUCAAUUUGGCGCACUAAUCCUAAAAGGAGCCAUGAAGUGUUAAAUGGUAGAAACAGAGACAGCGGCGCUCAGACACCCGCACGCUGGGAGAGAGGGAGGAAACAGCGCUGCUCCAAUGCGUCUGUGCAACACAGACUGAAGAAAAAAAAACUUAUCGACUCACAAAACCAAAACCUGCGCUGCGCAAUUAGUGCGUGAAAAUCCACUUUUUCUUCGGUUUUGAAGAAAAUAAAUAAAGAAAUCAAGCUGGCUCAGUGCGUGUCUCAGCAGCCCACUUUGACAGGUGCUCCUCACCCCCUUUGGAGGACUGUCAACAGCAAGAGGAUGGCAUCAGAGCUGGCAAUGAGCAACUCCGACCUGCCCACCAGUCCCCUGGCCAUGGAAUAUGUUAAUGACUUCGAUCUGAUGAAGUUUGAAGUGAAAAAGGAGCCGGUGGAGCCCGAUCGCAGCAUCAGCCAGUGCAGCCGCCUGGUCGCCGGGGGAUCCCUAUCUUCCACCCCGAUGAGCACGCCUUGCAGCUCGGUUCCCCCCUCGCCAAGCUUCUCGGCGCCCAGUCCGGGAUCAGGGAGCGAACAGAAGGCACACUUGGAGGAUUUCUACUGGAUGACCGGGUACCAACAGCAGUUGAACCCCGAGGCUCUGGGCUUUAGCCCGGAGGACGCCGUAGAGGCGCUGAUCAGCAGCAGUCACCAGCUCCAGAGCUUCGAUGGCUAUGCCAGGGGGCAGCAGUUCGGCGGCGCAGCCGGGCCAGGAGGCGCCAUGGCCGGGGAGGAGAUGGGAUCAGCGGCCGCCGUGGUAUCCGCGGUUAUCGCUGCAGCCGCAGCUCAGAACGGGAAUCCCCACCACCACCAUCACCAUCACCACCACCACACAGGAGCACACCACCCCUCCUCCGGGUCUCAAUCCGGCGGCGGCAUGGGGGGAAACCACCAGCACCUGCGCUUGGAAGACCGGUUCUCGGACGAGCAGCUGGUGACCAUGUCGGUGCGGGAAUUGAACCGGCAGCUCCGGGGGGUCAGCAAGGAAGAGGUGAUCCGUCUGAAACAGAAGAGGAGGACACUAAAGAACAGAGGCUAUGCCCAGUCCUGCCGGUACAAACGGGUCCAGCAGCGGCACGUCUUGGAGGGAGAGAAGACACAACUCAUUCAGCAGGUGGACCACCUCAAGCAGGAGAUCUCCCGGCUGGCCAGGGAGAGGGACGCCUACAAGGAGAAAUACGAGAAGCUGAUCAGCACCGGCUUCAGAGAAAACGGAGGAUCCAGCAGCGACAACAACCCCUCAUCCCCGGAGUUUUUCAUGACGUCAAGAAAAUUCCUCCAUCUGUGAUAGAGAGCUGUGACUUCUCCGCCCCACCACCCUGGAGUCUGAGAUAUCAUGACUCUGGAAUGCUGAUGUUCCAAGAGCAACCUCUGGCACCCAGACUGCCAUAAAGCACAAUGUCUCAAAAGCGUCCCGACAGCGGCUUCACGGCAACCAAUCCACAGAAAACCCAAAGUCAGAAUUCAAUAAUACAACAAUGAUGAUACAAAAUAUAAACAAGAGACUGAAAUCACUUUCAAAUUCUUCUACUACAACAACAACAACAACAAGGGAAGAAACACAGAAAUUAAAGAUCCUGGACUCUGGAAAAAAACAAUUCUCCACCGUCUGUUUUUGCUAUUCAAAAGGACACGAAUCAUCCCUUAAAAUACCUCCAAAUUGUAAUUUAGAUUUACCAGAGUAUAAAUUAUUAAUACGUAGGUUGAGUCAAAUAACUAAGAGAAAAGAAAAAUGAUGUCCACACCCCUUUAGCACAUGCCCAGAAAUCAGGAUAUUGUAAAUACUGUACAGAAAAAACAAAUAGGGACAUUGAUAAGAAAUAAAAUUAUUGCAGAAUAUUGUAUAUAGCCAUAAGAAUCAUACCUCUAGUGUGUUUAUAUAUCCAUGAGUGUCACAUGCCCAUUACUCCUUAUUUUAUUUGAGCCCAAAAAGAUUUAACCAACGCUCUCUGUAUCUCAAUAGGAAACAUCAACAUCCACGUAGAACUAGACAAGAGGAUACUGAAUUUAAUUGGAACAAAAGACACAAUAUUUGCCAACUGGAAAGAAAGACACAAUAUUUGCCAUAUAGUGCAAUUUUGCUGGAAACGGAUGCAUAUGCCAUAGAAUGUAUGCUUAUUAGGUAACCUUGUAUUAUUAGCAAGACAGGUCAUUUGCUUUUUUGAACUUUGCUCUUUUAAAUAGUUGUGAAAUGAAGACUUGAAAACGUAAAAAAAAAAAGCUACUGAGACAAACAGAGAAAAAAAAACAACUUUAAGAGAUCCCUGAAAUCCUCCCAAAUCUUCUCCGGUCCCGCACCUCCCAUUGUAAACUACCACAGCAGAGCUGAAGACAACUUAAACUUUAAUUUAUUCAGUAGUGUAUAUAAAAACCCCUCCUGUACUGUUUAUGUAGUGUAAUUUAGCCCCCGUAGUGACGUGACAUAGCCAGAUGGACUUCUGUGGUUUGGCAGCUCUCUUGUAUCGUGCAGUACAGUUAACUUUUAUUACGUUCAUACCUAACUGGACAUGACAGUGACCCAACAUCCUUCCUGUUGGGCCAGUCCACCUUCUCCACCUCCUCGUUGGUCCAUCAGAGGGCUUGUAUGCCUGCUGACCUCUCUGCAACCAGGCGCUCGCUCAGCUCCCACAGGCUUUCAGCGCUGCUCUGGUCCUGGGCCUGGAUGGACGGCAGGCAGCGGAAGCAGUUGUUGAAGUACAUGCCGCCUAACCCUUCCAGCUCCGGCGCUACGGCACAGUACACCGUAGUGGCCGCCCCUUGUUGCUGGGGACAGAGAAACGCAAAGAAAGAAAUACGAGUUCAGCAGGCAACUCAUGACACUGAGAUAACAAGGCAGCGUCAGCCGUCGGGAGAAGACAAAAUACGGAGAACCCAUUUACUGACUUAGACAUUAGGACGUGCCCUGUCCAGAGAAAGAACAGUGGACACCAACUACAUCGCUAUGUCCUCUGUGAGACACAUACAUCUACACACACACUAACACAGAAAUAUAGACAGCAGGACAGAGUGUCAACAGGAAGAAUAAGAAAAAAGGACUCUACAAGCUGUCUCUCCCCUCUUCCAGCAGCCCAUGAUGACUGGGUCAUAUUGCCAUGGGAACAGCAUAACUCCAUCACUGUACAUAUAUUUAUAUACAUAUACAUAUAUUUAUUUAUUUAUUUAUUUCACUACUCUGUGUGUACAGGACCUCUGGCUACAUGGGACCAUAAGAAUGCUACAGAUGUAUAGACUCACAAUGGCGAAUGUGAGAACAUGAAAAUUACACCAGCUCCUGUAUGGAGGAAACGUAUGUAUAGUGUUAAAGAACAGGUUUUAUGCCAUGGUUAUAAAUGUAUAUUUUCACAUGUUGUGUAUAUGGGUUCAGCCAGGCUUUUAAAGUUGAGAAAAAGUACUGGGAAUGAUGCAAGUACAAUUCUGUACCUAGGUGUUUCAAUCAGAAGCUAGAAUAGAUAAGCGAUAUUUUCGCAGAGAGUAGACACACACACACAGACACACACACACACACAAAGUCCUUUUAAAGGCAGGUUUAAAUCUGAAGAUCACUCAAGUCUCAACCCAUAAAUUGACUCUGACUCGUUUCAUGUUGUAAGGCGAGAUGCGCUGUAAAAGAAAAACAGUAUUUAGACGCAAACUGCUAAAUUCUCUAAUACACCCUGUCCCAUCAGUCAGUAAUUAGUAGGGAUAUUCUUGGAGGAGGGAGACUUCUGUGACAUUUGAAAAUGAAAGUUGAAACUGCAGCAGAAUAAACACGUCAGAGAGAAUUACACACAUAACCCAACUGCUCAAAGAGGGAUCUUUCAUGUUGCAGCUCUGGCUAAAAGCUGCUGUGACAGCUUCCCUGUAAACUCUGGGGCUGGAGACAACUUCUAUACGGCCACAUGAAAUGGCUUGCCUCUUUAUCUCCCAAUGAGAGGCAGCCUGAAUGAGAUGGGGGGCAGAGAGAGUGAGAGGGAACACUGAUGUGGAGGCUGAGGACUAAUGUUUAGCACAGGGCACUGGCACAUACUUAGACAACCCCAUAUGUGCACUAGUCAAACAUGGGCACACAUGCAUUAUGGAGCCACAUUACAUGCCCAAUGUUUGAACAGUUUCCUAAAGCGGCUACAAGACAAAUACACAUGAAGCGGAAAGAUCCAUCGAGGUCUAAAACAUUUAUACUUUCUCAUGCAAGUACAAAAAUGUGCACAUGAAUACAAAUACAAUGAACGAACUACACACACCAACCAGAUUCCAAGAAUUUAUUUUUCUCAUCAACACACACCAAAACACAAGCCACACACUCACACACAACCCCCUCUCAGCUCUUUGUAAACUUCCGCCAGGAGGAGCCCUGGUGUGUAACGUUGCAGCAGCAGAUUGAGUGUGUUUGAAGUGCAGUGUGAUGAGAGAGCUGGUAAACAGCAGAUGAAAAGGCAGCAUCUCCCUGUGUGCCGCUGUCUGUCUCACCUGCCAGUGGGGCGAUAACUUCAUCCACAUCACAUGUCGCCAUAUCAAAGGCAGACAAAUGCCAAGCAGUGUCUCUGAGUUGCAGGUUCACACGCGCUCAGUUUAACUCAUCUCGCUUGCUUAGGGCAUCUGAUUUAGCUCGUCUGAGAGCUAAAUGCUUUUUAAACCCCACUGAAGAUUUCAGCGCCGCAUGCUCUGACUCGCUGACGCCCCCUUGAACUUGGCUGACUUUCAAAGCAGUUUGUUUGUGUCCAGUUACCAAACACUGGUCCUGCCGCUAGUUAAAAAAUUGAUAAAAAAGACUUUGACUUUCAUAAUCCAGAUUUAUGUGGCGAAGUUCAUAAUCAUGUCUUAUGUAUUAUUAUUUUUUUUAAAGUGCAAAGUCCAUAUCUUUCCUAGAAAAAAGCUGGGAUUCCAGCAAUGUGCUAUCUUAUUGGUGUUUAGCUCAUCCCCCUCACCACUUGACCCUGUAACCUCUGCAGAAGAUAAGGCUGAUGAGAUUAGGGAUUAACAUGCUCAACCACCCACCACAGCCAUCUAUCAUUGUGUGUGUUUGUGUGUGUGUGUGUGUGUGUGUGUGUGUGUGUGUGUGUGUGUGUGUGUGUGUGUGUGUGUGUGUGUGUGUGGUGUGUGUGGUGUUUGCAGACAGGAGGCAAGGGGUGUGCGGGGUAGUGAGAAAGAGAACAAGAAGGGAUGUGCAGCAACAACCUCGAUACAUUACGCAAUUACACACACACACAUAAGGUAUUCAUAUGUGCAUGCCUGAACACAAGCAUGCGCCUGCACACGAGCACGAACAGAUAAGCAAAUAAACAUUUGGGACAAUCUACAUGAAUACGGUAUAUCACUGAACCAGUGUGCAUCAUACACAUCUGUGGUGUAACAGCCAUUUCUAACCCAUGUGAAACUGUAGAUUAUGCCUGUAAAUGUAGCUGUCUACAAACUGAUGGAUUUUGCUGUGUGUCUUUCUAUCUUCUGCAACUAAAUGUGAAUCGUUUCCUUGUGUACAGUAGUAACAUCUGUGGUGUUUUAGAGUUGUUCUCUACUACCCAAAGCUGUAAACUUUGACUUGACAAGAGACUUCUGACUGGAUAACACAAUUAUAAUCAUAAUAAUAAUAUGUGGCAAUUUGCCAUGUUGCAGGUUAUUGCAAAGGUUUUGUAGCUGUAGUAAAUAAAGUGCAUUUACAUUACUUAUUCAUUGUGAUUAAAUUCAUGAUUGCCGGGUUGUCCUGCCAAUUGCUGUGCAAUUGGCCUAUUCAGAAAGACAGUCAUGUGGAUCGAUCCACCUAUAUUCAUUUAUAGAUAUUUAUUAUUAUUCUUUAAAAGGUCUAAUAAUUUGCAGAGGAGCCUUUGUGUCAACAAUGUCAAACAUCAUUUUAAAGGGUUUUGACCAGUGCCAUGUCAUUAAUUAGCACAGUCAACAUUUAGAGACUUGACUUGAGACUUGACUAGGACUUGUUUUAGAUUACUUGAGACUUCGCUUAAACAUUCCCCAAAAGAAAAACAGCUCUGCUAUUACCACUCUGAUUUGGGGAGGGGAGAAGAUGGGACAGAUAAAGUGCACCAAAACAGCCAUAAAUCUAUAAUGAUCAAAAAAUAAAGAUUACUGCUCCACAGCAAUAUGACAAACCAAAGGAUAACAAAAACACACCAGAAUGCUGAGAAAAUACUUACAAAAAACCCUGCAAUAAGCUGACUGUGGAAAUACAGCAAUGGGUCUGCACUUAGCCUGGGAUCCACUACUACGGCUAACUGCUCUGGGAUUCGAUCCAAGUCUUCCAUCUCAGUAUCGACUCAAUACCCAUGGACCUCAUGGACUUGCAAUAGAAACGUCCUUGUAUAGUGUUACGCAAUAAUCAGUGGCUGAAAACUCUGUAUUGAGCGUAUUCAAAAGCAAAAAGGGUGUGUGGUGGAGAUGUGAUGUUGUUGAAUUAACAGUAAUGUUACUUUGCCGUGUUCUGUUCUGUGUCUUCAUCAUCCAAGUUGUACUCAGCCAGAUGAGCUUUCUCUGACCCUAUGCAUGUGACCCUUCACCCCCACAUCUGUAGUAAUAACAUUGACUUCUCCCUCUGACCUGGAUGUAAAUAAACCCAGUACUGUAGAACAGUCUGUUUUUGGCCCAUCCCUGUACAUACAAACUUGUAAAUACAAACAGCUAUGCAUGCUGAAAACCUAGCAAUUCUUUCAGGUACUUUUAUAAUCCCCAAAUUCUCAUAUGGCAUGUGCUGGAAAAAUAAGAAUACAUUUAAAAAAAAGUAGAAAAAAAGAAAAGAUUAAAAAAAAGUUUAAAAUAAAUGAGUUGAUAAUAUUGUCAGGCAAUAUCUCUCUUGGACAGUGUGUGUAGAGUCUUCCUGUUUUCUUACUCCUGUGGGUGGUUCUCUUCCUUUGCCUGUCUUCUGUGUUUCUCCUCACCAUCUGUGUCAGUUGUUGUCAGUUGGUAUUUGUACAGCAGCGAGGGUUGAGGCAGAGCAGAACAGAGAGGGGGACGUUCACCAGCUGACCUCUGUGAUUGCACUCCAAUUCAGCAGCAGCAGUGCUUUAAGUUGGCAAAGCUAUUUAUGCCUGGGACACAAUUUCAAAAGUUCAGUUCCUGGCAUGAACCACCCAUCAUUACAGCAUAUCCCCAUGCUUGUCAUGCGAAGGCCCUCUGGAUUUGCAGCAAGUCAAGAAAACGGUUUUGGUUGGAAUCAAAAUUAGAUUCUUUUUAUUUAUAUUUUUUGUAGCCUUCUUGAAGUUUGUUAAGCUGUCAAUCACAGACAAGCAGCAUUCUGUGUACCCACUGUGUAGUUUCAUAAGAUAGACAAGUGCAGAUAAAUUCUUGCAAGUACUAUUUUACCCGGUUUUAGAGAAAGUCACAUUUUUUG